AGAAAAAAAAAAGAUUCUAAUCCAAACUUUAUAUAUAUUAUAUAUUUGAUUAAUUGAAUUUUGGUUGGUGAUUAAGGCGAAGUUCCAUAAAAACCCCAGCCUUCUUUGAAAUAUCAUGAACAGUUCCUGUAUAGAUGAGCAUAAUAAAACAUUUAGUCGAUGGUUGAAAAAUACUAUUCUAGCAAGGUUGGGAGAAGAAAACCAUGAAGUGUCAACAGAGUUAAAACGCAUAUCAUUUGGACCAAGUGUUCAUGUAAUAAAGCACCAUGCUUACAUUGUUGGAGGAAAAAGAUUUCACACAAAGUCAAGAGAUGAUGCUCGAAUGGUUCAAAAUAGUGGAGUAAGUAUUGUGGCAGAAGCAAUGCAUUUCGCUAGUGCAAAAGACAAUAAUCCAGUUGCUGGUACUAUGACAUAUUAUGGGGUUGUUGAAGAAAUAUGGGAGCUUGAUUAUUCCUUAUUUCAAAUUCCUCUGCUCAAGUGUUCUUGGGUGGACAACAAUGUUGGGUUAGAAUAUAUGAACUUGGAUUCACUUUGGUUGAUUUAAGUAAGAAAGGUCACAAGAAUGAUCCUUUCAUCAUGGCUACCCAAGCAAAACAAGUGUUUUACAUAACUGAUCCUGCUGAUGAUAAAUGGUCAGUUGUUUUACAAACCCCGGAAAGGCAGUUUAUAGAAGAUGAAAAUGAUGAUUUGUUUCAUGACAAUUUUAUUGUUGGACAACCAAUACAUGAGCAAGUUGAGCAAAUCCAUGAUUUCAAUGAAGAUGAUGAUGAUGGGGAAUACAUUAGAAAUGAUAUUAGAGACGGAAUAUGGGUAGAUUGUGGAUCAACCAAGAAAAGAAAAAGGAAAAGAAAAUGUGUCCAAUGACAAUUUCUGAAGGGGAGAACACACCAAAUAGGCGAGGCCCAACAAAGAAGAACAAUAUCAAUAAUCAAAAAGCUAAGGGAAUAAAGAGAAAUGUUCAGUUUAAUGAUAAAGGUCAACCUAUAGGGAAAGCAUAUAGUGAGAUGCAAUCGUACCUUGGAGUUAAAACUGGGAGAACGGUCUCUCUCAAUUAUAAGGAUUGGAGACAAGUCCCACAAGAAUUGAAGAAUAGAAUAUGGGAGGAUGUAUAUGGUGCCUUUAACAUUCCAGAAAAUUGGAAACCAGAAUUAAUUAAAUGUGUGGGAAGAAUGAUGAGAGAUUUUAAGACCAACAUCACUAGUGACUACAUCUACCCUUUGGCAGAAGACGGUCUGAUAGAUGAACUCCAAAUCCCUCCUAAGAAAUAUCCAGAACUUGACCUAGAAGAUUGGAGGACAUUUGUUAGCCACCGUUUAUCUCCUGAGUUUAUGGCUUUGCGGGAAUCACAACGUGAAAGAGCUCUCAAAUAUACUUCGAGGCAUCGUACAUCUCGUAGAGGGCUUGCCAAUGUUAGAGAGGACUUGAAAACUGAACUAGGUGUGGCAGAUGUAGAACGGUACCAAGUUUGGAUAAGAGCACGAGAAAAGAAGAAGGUUCUUGUCACAAAUUUGGACAAACAAAUUGAAGCAAGAAUUAAUGAGCUGAAAGAAAAAGUUAGUAGUGGAGAAAUCAUUGCAAAGGGUCGGAAUGACAUAUUAACGCAAGCUUUAGGGACACCUGAGCAUCCAGGGCGUGUUAGAGCACUUGGGUCGUUUGCGAAGAUUUCGUCCGUCUUUGGAAGAAAACCAAAAAUAGCAACAGAAAUGGCUGAUGUUGUUAGUAAGAAAGAUGCAGAAAUUGCGAGGCUCAGAGCAGAACUUAAAGCUUUAGAGGAGGAAAAGGCUAAACAAGCAAGUGGGAUAGAUGAUAUGGAUGAACACGACAACGAUGACGAGCAGAACGACGAAGAAUAUCACACACCAUACAUGCAAGAUGAUGUUGGGGUUUUAUGCCCUAAUUAAAACCCAAAUUCUUUGUAAUCUCAUUUUAUUAUCAAUAAAAGAAUAGAAAUCAUUUUUUGACUUGGU